AUGGGUGUUUGCGUGCACGCGAGCGUGCCCAAGGGUGCCUGGGUGAGUGAGCGUGCCCACGGGUGUUUGCAUGCUUGCGUGCCCAAGCGCGCAGCAUGCCCACCGCCGGCGCUGCCCGCAGGCUGCCGCUCGGGCUCGGUGGAGGUGCCGCGCAGCGUGACGGCCGUGCUGGGCCAGGACGUGGUGCUGCCCUGCGGCUACCGGGCGCAGGAGGACGAGAAGGUGGUGCAGGUGACGUGGGUGAAGCUGCGCGCCGCGGGCCCCCCGGCCGAGCUGGCCGUGCUCAACCGCGAGCACGGCGAGCACGUGCAGGAGCCCUACGCGGGGCGGGUGCUGCGGCGCGCGCCCGGCGCCCUCGACGACGGUGCCAUCGUGCUCAAGAACGCGGCGCAGGGCGACGAGGGCGACUACGAGUGCCGCCUCAUCACCUUCCCCAUGGGCAGCUUCGAGGGGCGCCUCACCCUCAAGGUGCUGGUGCCGCCGCUGCCCAUCCUGAACCCGGGGCCGCCGCUGGAGGAGGGCCAGGGCCGCACGCUGGCGGCGUCGUGCACGGCGGAGGGCAGCCCGGCGCCCACGGUGCGCUGGGAGACGGCGGUGCGCGGCACGGAGGCCACGCGGCGCGCCGCGCACGCCCGCUCCGCCGCCGUCACCAGCGAGUUCUUCCUGGUGCCCGGGCGCAGCAUGGACGGGCAGAGCCUCACGUGCGUCGUGGCCCACCCCGGCCUGAGCCACGAGAAGAGGAUCACCCACCGGCUCAGCGUGGCCUACCUGUCGGACGCGUCGGUGCUGGGCCACACCGAGGAGUGGCAGGAGGGCAUGGAGGGCGCCGCGCUGACCUGCCUGGGUGACGGGAACCCCCCGCCCACCUACAACUGGACCCGGCUGGACGCACCGCUGCCCGCCGGCGUGCGGGCCAAGGGGGACACGCUCGUCUUCCAGCGGCCGCUGGCCGUGGCCGACGCCGGCGACUACGUGUGCCGCAUCGCCAACAGCGUGGCCACCAAGGAGGCCCGCGCCAACGUCAGCGUGCGCAGCAGAGCCGCGGACAACGAGGUGCGCCAGGUGGACCUGGUGUCCGCCUCGGUGGUGGUGGUGGGCGUCAUCGCCGCCGUGCUGCUCUGCGUCCUCRUCAUCGUCAUCGUCGUCAUGGCCCUCUACCACAAGCGCAAGACCAAGCGCAUCUCCGAGAAGUACGAGGAGGAGCUGACGCUGACCCGGGAGAACUCCAUCCGGCGCCUGCACUCCAGCCACAGCACCGACACGCGCGCCCAGCUGGAGGAGACGCUGCAGCUGCGCACGGAGAGUCGCCAGGGCAGCCUGCGUGGGGACAGCCUGCGUGGGGACAGCCUGCGUGGCACCAGCAUCUGCUCCGCCAUGAGCGAGGAGGCCGAGGGCCGCAGCUACUCGACGCUCUCCACGGUGCGGGAGAUCGAGACACAGACGGAGGUGCCGGCAGUGCCGCUGCUGCCCGCGCCGCAGGGCAAGGAGCCCAAGGAGGAGGAGGAGGACAGCGGGGACAACCCCAUCAAGCAGGCCAUGACGCACUUCGUGCAGGAGAACGGCAUGCUGCAGGCCAAGCCCACCACCAACGGCAUCUACAUCAACGGGCGCGGGCACCUGGUGUGA